CCAAGCGGCUCUAGACGAGAAUGUCCGGAUCGAGCUCAAGCGAAUCUGCCUGAGAAAGUCGGCGACCACCAACACCCUUUUCUUCUCACCACUUGGCGCACCACUGCACCGCGUCUAUCUCAGCCUUGCUCUUGCCCUUUGGCCGUAGAAUAUACAGUCGAUUGUUCAUCCGCACUCCACCACCUCCUGCUGCUGCAGCCUCCUUGGCUGCGAGCGUCGCCCCUCUCCCGACAUGAGGCUCCUCUACUGGAGUGCCGCCUUCUUCCUCUCCCUCCCCCACCACGCCUUCGCCGAUCCAGUAGACGACGACGACACUCCGGCCGCCGAGCGCUCCACGCCAUGCACCAUCACGUCCGCCAAAUCGGGGGCCUUCUUCGACCUCAAUCCGCUGCACAUCAUCGACCCGGCGCUCAGCACGGCGGCAAAUCCGCGCAACUACAGCUGGAACACCACGGGCUUCGACAUGGGAUACAACUUCACGUUGAACUUUUGCGGCGGCGUGGUGGAAGAUCUCACAAAGAGGGGCGUCGUCGGCGUGCACAAGGAGGACUGGAAGAACGUGAGCGCCUUCUACGAGCAGGACGGCAAGAUCUACAGCAUCGGGCAGACGAGCUACCACCCCAUCAUCCGCGGCCGCAAGCUCAUCCUCAACUACACCAACGGCUCGCCCUGUCCGGAGCGGUCGAACUUCGACGAAGACGGCGAGGGCAACGGCGACGGCGAAUCGAAGCACAACUCCCGCAUCCGCCGCAAGACCACCAUCAUCAGCAUGCUGUGCGAGCGCGACCCGCUGUACCCCAAACUCACGCUCUCCUUCAUCGCCAGCCCGGACGAGUGCACGUACAUUUUCGAGGCGCGCACCAAGGCCGGGUGCGCGGGGAUUGAGACAACGAAGCAGGAGCUGAGUCCGUCGGGGGUGUUUGGCGUGAUCGCGCUGGUGGCGGUGAUAGUCUACGUCGUCGGCGGCUGCGUGUACAGCCGCAUGGUCCUGAACCAGCGGGGAUGGAAGCAGCUGCCCAACUACGGCCUGUGGGCCGGCAUCUUGGGCGUUUUCCGGGACAUCCUCAUCCUCGUGACUGCGUCUUGUGCGCGCUGCAUCCCCGGCCGACGAAGACCGGUGCAUAUGAACGGCUCGCUCAGUUAUGCCAAUCGAGGCCGCUCGGGCAGGGACUCGUCCGAGGCGGAGAAUCGCUUGAUUGACGAGCUCAAUGAGGAGUGGGAUGAUUUAUAGCGUUUUAAGGUGGAGCGUUUUGGAGUUUUUGCGGGCGACUGGGUUUGGGUAUGAACUGUAGCACACGACGGAGUUUCUUGCGUAGACGAGAUGAAGACUUGGGGAAUGUGGGGAAGGUUGCGAAUCUACCUACAGGCCUUGUAUAAGAAUUAUCAAUGUAAAUUCUGACUUAUCUUGUG